UUCAAGCAGAGGCGUUGAAAUCAGUGGCCAUAAGCAGAAGCCGAACCGGCACCGCCACCAAAGAACAACACACUGAGAGAGGUAAGAGUGAUAGAGUGACAGCAACAGGAUGAACACAGACAUCACAGCCUCGGAGAAGCCACAGUACCCAGUAAUAGAUCGAAAUCCGCCAUUCACCAAAGUUGUUGGCAACUUCAACACCCUCGAUUAUUUCCGUUUCUCCACUAUCACCGGCGUCUCCGUUGUCGUCGGAUACCUUUCCGGGUUAAAGCCGGGUCUUCCUGGGCCAUCGAUGGUGACUGGUGGCUUGAUUGGGCUGAUGGGUGGGUUCAUGUACGCGUACCAGAACUCGGCCGGUCGACUCAUGGGGUUUUUCCCAAACGAGGGUGAGGUGGCUGCUUACCAAAAGCGUGGGUUCAACAAUUAGUAGUAAUGAUUCAGUUAAUGAUUUUGAUUUUGUUGUUAAUAAAAUGGUUUUACUGGAUUAUGAGGUACUUUGAUGGCAACCAUGUGGUUUUGUUUGAUGGGUUGGAUUCAAGUUUAGACCUUUGUAUUUGACUUCAUGCACUGUUGCUAUAAGGAGAAUUCAGUUCAUUUGAAGAACUUUUGAAAGUAA